AUGUCUUCUCCUUCCACUUCGUCAUCACACCACGCUGGGCCGGCGGCAGCUGCUGACCCUCUUCAUGGGUACAACAAUCCCUUGGACGCCAACUUGCUCCUCGCCGCAUACGGCCGGAACAUCGAAACCCGUUUGAAGCAGUCCGAAAACCCCCGUCUUCAAAAUCGGAAAACGAUUGCGCGGUUUGCUCGAUAUUGGAUCGCGGCAGCGAGGGAGUGGGUGGUGUACGUACCCCCGCUCGCCAUUUCCGCGAUGGAGGAAGUGGCCGGUAACAUGAGCGGGGACUAUCCCACCCGCAUGGCUCGCAUCAAAUCGGAUGACCCAAGGGUCUUCACGAAUGCCUGGUAUACUGCAAGCCCCCCGCCCGGUGUCGCCCCGCUGCCCGGUCUCACCGGGAUGGCGACCUCCUCUGCACCCCGGAACCUCCAUGUCCCGAACUCGCCCGAAAAGGAAUCACCGGCUGGUGCAUCGCAGCCUACGACGUCCCACACAGCGCAUGCAGUGCGGUUUGCGCUCCCACACGCCCGCCCUCGUCCCGCGGACCGUAAUGACCCGGAGGAGGCGGACGUUACUCCAGGCACUGCGGUGCGGCCCGGACAGGUGAAGCGGUCGACAACGGGAUGGGAUUACCUGGAGAUAUCGGAUGACAAGGCGGAGCAUGAUGUCGGGGUUGGGAUGGUCGCUGGACCGGUAACGUUUACAGGACAGUGUCACGGCAACAACAAUGACACCAGCGACGAGGAAGACGAGUUGCAGGAGCCCGGAAUCCCGACGGACCGGAGAAUAGCGGCCGGGAGAGCUAAGGGCAAGCGUCCGGCGAGCGACAUCGACUUCAGUGACGAAGAAGACCAGUUGCUGGAGUCCGAGAUACCGACCAAGACAAUCAACCAGCGCGGGCAGGCCAAAAAGAAACAACGGGCAGAUAGUGCAACAGUGAAGGUGCAGCAAGUCAAGCGAGAUGCUCCGGUUCUCCUUCGUCCUGCACUGAAGAACCCGCUGUCCGGCGGACCGUCAGCGGGCGACGUCAAUCACGGCCCGGCGGACCAAUACAAGGUCGACCAGGCCCUCAAAAUCCGCGACAUCAAUGCCCUCAUCGAUAUCGUACAGGGGGAGCGGGCUGUCAAGCGCCUGCCCAAGUUCAACUGGGACGCCGGCAAGAUUCAGGGACGGCGCAAAGCUAUCUGGCUGAGGACCAUGCCAUUGCAGGAGCCUCCAUGCACGCGGUGCUCCGGCAUUCACUGCUGGAUCUCCAGCGAUCCCAACGCCAAGCGUCCUGCUACGAAGUGUGACGAGAUUGGCCGUCAACGGCCGGACAGAAGUCCCGAGGGGAUUGAGCUCCUGGAAACAACGGCGGACGUGUCCUACGAAGUCCGAGACCUGCGACAGGAGAAUGCUAAGAUCCGCACCAUGUGUGAUGAACUCCGGCAGGACUUCGCAACCCUCCGUGAACACGUGAAAGCACGCACACUGAAAUCAAAUUUGCAGACAAUAUCCGUGCUGCCAAGCACGGUGAACACCGGUCCGGAGCAGCAGCAGCGUCCGGGACAGGAUGCCUGCGACAUGGCCAUUAGGGAUGAUGGUAGCGAUAUGGAGAUCUCAAGCGAUGAUCCCGAUGAAGUGUGA